AUGAAUCCAAAUCAGCUAUUUGUUCCAAAAGGUUCUUCUUUAAAUCGAAGAAGCAGCCUUAGUCCUUUUCUUUCAAAUCAGAGCCCAAUCCCCCUUAUUAACUCUGAAAGAUCAAGCCAACUCAAUUUAAGCCGAGUUGGUUCAUUAUCCAGAAUAGGUGGCAGCAUAGCAUCAAGUCCUACCCCGCAACCUCACGACAUAAACAGCAUCACACUAAAAAAAAUUGCCCAUAAUAGCUCAAGAAGUCUUAAUAGCUUUGACUAUAUUACAAUUCUUGAUACAUUUCAAAGCAGUCAGGCAUCUCCAGUAUAUGAACCCACCCAUUCAAAUCAAAUAUUAAAAGCAGCUCCAAGGAACAGAACUAUCAUUUUCGAUAAGCAUCCAGCACCUUUGCUUAAUGUAGGGUAUGGAAUCUCAGAAAAAAUUAAUUCUGACUUGAAUUCAUUAUAUAGGAGCUCUCAUUAUAUAAAAAAACAGCAGACUAUCCCACCUCCACGUGAUAAGAUAAAUUCUAUUUUUUCAAUUUAUUAUUUGGGAAGAGGUUUCAACGUGUCUGGAAGCACUUUGGGGAGAUCGAAUGGGCUUGGAAUUCUGCUUAGUCCAGACCUAUGCCUUACUACACAUUCAGUAAUUGCUGAUGAAGAUGCUGCACUUAAUUCAUAUGCUCAAUUCAGAAAUAGCGAGGUUUUUAAAUUCGAUCCUCAGAGAUGCUUUGUGACAUCGAGUAAUCAUGAAUUCACACUUGUAGCUUUUCAGAGUCAAUCUGCAUUUGCUCUUCAAUUAUAUAAGCCAAUUAACAUUACAGAGCCCUUUUCACUUAGGAUUGGAGAUUCUGUGACCUUUUUCCCUUAUGAUUCCCAAACAACUAAAAAAGUGUUGGCAAUAGAAAAUAAUUUAUUUACAUUCACAUCAGGUAAUAAAGAAGGCUUAUUGCCUGGAACACCAAUAUUUUCAUCCACGUGGAUUUUUCAAGGAAUUUACAUCAGAUGCAGCUCACACAUCAAUAUUGUAAAUAGGGUUGAGCAUGUUUUCGACUAUUUUGAAUCAUUUAUGUCUAUGAAUCCUAAUUCUUUAUUAGACAGGUUCUUGCACUUGGAUCACAUAGGAUUUAUGAAGCAAUUUCACGACAUGAAUUUAUAUUAUUUUGAAUGGCAUGGAAGGAGCACGUGAAAAUAUGAUAUUGGAUUAAAUGAAUGAGUCCGAAUAAAUCUUGGGAGCAUUGAAUCUUUAGAGAAGAAAGGUAAGCACUGGACUUAUCAUUGAAAUUCGAGGCUUGUAUAUCUUCCUGACAUGUCAAUUCUAAUUAUUGGGGGGAAAUCGAAGUUGACGGGAGGGGAAACUAACGAACUUUGAUUGUUAUCGCCUUCUAAGGGAUAUAAAUUGAAGAAACUAGCUUCUAUGUCGGCUGUAAGAGAAAGCGCUGCUUGUGUAUAUAUUGAGAAAUCUGUUUAUGUUAUAGGUGGAAAGCCAAAUCUUCAAUCUUGUGAAAUGCUAUCUCUUAAUAGCAAGAAAUGAACUGAUAUUGCUUCUAUGCAGCAUCCAAGAUAUGAUGCAGCAGCAUGCUCAGGAUUAAAUAAUACUCAUAUCUUUGUGUUUGGAGGCUGCCCUGUUUCCACUUCUGGAAGAUCCAUUGAAAUUUAUUCAAUAAAGAAGAAUCAAUGAGACUUGCUUCCUAUUUCUAUGCCAAAGCCUCUAUUAAAGCCCGCACUUUUUCCAAUCACAGAUAUACGUAAUUCCCUUUAAUAGCCCUAUCAGUGGGUGAAUUGCCCGCUACAAUUACAAUUUGGUAGACCAAAAAUUAUUAGUUUUGGUCGGACCAAAUUGUGAACUCAGCAGUUAUUUCACCCACUGAUAGGGCUAUUAAAGGGAAUUUUCUAUAGAAAAAUAGCUAUUUUAGGAGGAGGAUCAUCUUCAAUUUAUUUAUUAUAUAUUGAAGACUCAUUAGACCAGCAAGAUUAUAAAUACAAACUUAAAGAAUGCAUAAAGAACCUAGAAGAAAAUUUAGAAACUGCUUGACCUGUAGCAUAUGACAGAGAUGAAAAUAAAUUAUAUAUUCUAAAUCUUAAUAGGAGUGGAUACAUAAGUACGAAUCCUGGCGUUGUUGAAUAUCGUAUACAAGAUUUUGAAUUUGGACAAAGGCAAGACCAUAAUUUUGAUUUAUUUUCUACUUUUGGAACUUCCAAGCAAUCAAGAGUGCAAACUCCUAUUUCUCUGCAUAGAUAA